AUGGCCAAAGCGAAGGCAAAAUCACAGUCCAAACAAAAAGAUAUCCUUCACUCCACAAACAUCCCACUCGUCAAAUCCAAGUCCACGCCUAAAAAGUCCCAGCAGUCUCUGAAACCUAUUGAAGACCUCCUCACUGAAGCUGCCGAAUUUCUCGAACAGUCCCAACCAGAACUUGCUCUGCCGCUAGCCGAAGAAGCGCUCAGCAGACUCGAAGCCGAAAGACAAACGCAAAAGAGCGAGAAUGAUAGUAUCGACACACUGCUCCAACUGGCUGCCCAGGGCAAAGCCACGCUCCCCGUGGCAUUGAGUCUUGAGGCAGAGAUCCAACUUGCGCUGGGCGAUGCGGAUUCCGCGCGGACGAGUUUCACGCGGGCAGCGCAAAUGGAUCCCGAUGGGGCACUGGUAAGUGCAGAGCCAUGGCUAUGGUUGGCGCAACUGUGCGAACAGGGCGGGAAAGAGAGUAUAUCAUACUUCGAGAAGGCGACGGAAGUACUGCGGAAUGAGACCGAGGUUCUGGAAGACGAGGAAGCGACGGUCAUGGAUCAAAGUGCUAGAGUGCUCGAUGAGAAGAAAGCUAAGCUCGCGGAUGCGCUCUGCGCCAUGGCUGAGGUCUACAUGACGGAUCUAAGCUGGGAAGAUGACGCGGAGCAGCGGUGCGAGACGCUCGUGACCGAGGCUGUUGCCGUGUGUCCAGAGCGCCUGAGUGCAGGUGUAAUGCAAACACUGGCGAGCGUGAGGAUAAGUCAAACGCGUGUGGACGAUGCGCGACAAGCCCUCAAACGGAGCUUAGCAAUCUGGAAGGACAUCCCGCUCGACGUGGACGAUGAGGCGCGACCCGACUUCGCGACGCGUGUAAGCCUGAGCCGAUUGCUGAUGGAAGUCGAGGCCGAGACGGAAGCCAUGGCGGUCCUUGAAGGACUGACCCGCGAAGACGACCAGAGCGUCGAAUGCUGGUACCUUGGAGGCUGGUGCCAGGUUCUCAUCUCCCGAAAACCGAGCACGAGUCCCGAGGAGCGGACGAAGAGUCAGGAACGGGCGAAGACGUGGUUGGAUGCUUGUCUCGAACUGUAUCGCGCGCAGGAAUACGAGGAUGAGAGAUUACAGGAGCAUGCAGUCGAAUUGGUACAGCAGUUAAAUCAGGUGCUGGGGGUGGAAGAUCAAAUGGACGAUGAUGAGGAUGAGGAUGCGUGGGAAGACGAAGAAGACGAAGACGACCAUGAUACUGAAUUGCAAGUCGAAGCGAAUGGUUAUGUCGGCAACGACGAUGGGGACGUUGAGAUGAGUUAG